UAGUGGUCAAGCUUGUUUCUCCUGGGGGUGCUCUUCCGAGGAUAUUUGGGCUGCCUCCGGAGUCGCAGUGUCUUGGGCCACCUGAAGGAACAGAAGGAUGACUAAAUCAACAGAGGUUCUUCUGAAGGGACUUCCAGAAACACCUUCACAAAUGCACCCAUAAAAACACACCCAGAAAUAGUGCUUUACCAGCUAUGUGAGUAUCCCUUAAUCCUGUCAAGGGGACAGCUAAAAUUAACCAUCCCAGUAUUUAUGCCUAAUUUGUGGCUAACAUUUUAUUUUUACAUUUUUCUUAUUAUUAUUAUUAUUAUUUUUGAGACAGAGUCUCACUCUGUCACCCAGGCUGGAGGACAGUGGCGCGAUCUCAGCUCACUGCAACCUCCACCUCCCAGGUUCAAGUGAUUCUCCUGCCUCAGCCUCCUGGGUAGCUGGGAUUACAGGCACACGCCACCACACCCAGCUUUUUGUAUUUUUAGUAAUGAUGGUGUUUCACCAUUUUGGCCAGGCUGGUCUCGAACUCCUGACCUUGUUAGUAUCAUUAUUUUUUUUGAGACGGAGUCUCGCUCUGUCGCCCAAGCUGGAGUGCAGUGGCGUAAUCUCAGCUCACUGCAACCUCUGCCUCCCAGGUUCAAGCAAUUCGGCUGCCUCAACCUCCUGAGUAGCUGUGAUUACAGGCAUGUGCCAUAGUGCCCAGUUAAUUUUUGUAUGUUUAGUAGAAAUGGGGUUCCGCUAUGUUGGCCAGGCUGGUCUCAAACUUCUGACCUCAGGUAAUCUGCCCACCUAGGCCUUCCAAAGUGCUGGGAUUACAGGCGUGAGCCACCACGCCCAGCCAAGAGCAGGCUGUUAAAAAGAGUCUGGCUUCCUUGGUUCCUCUCUUGCUUUCUCCCUCGCCAUGUGAUCUCAGGUGCUGGGAUUACAGGCGUGAGCCACCACGCCCAGCCAAGAGCAGGCUGUUAAAAAGAGUCUGGCUUCCUUGGUUUCUCUCUUGCUUUCUCCCUCGCCAUGUGAUCUCAGGUGCUGAGAUUACAGGCAUGAGCCACCACGCCCAGCCAAGAGCAGGCUGUUAAAAAGAGUCUGGCUUCCUUGGUUUCUCUCUUGCUUUCUCCCUCGCCAUGUGAUCUCAGGUGCACACUGGCUCCCCUUCUGCUUUCCACCAUGUGUUGAGGCACCAUAAAGCCCCACCAGAUGCAGCUGCCCAAUCUUGGAUGUUCCUGCCACCAGAAUCAUAAGCCAAAUGGAAUGAACUUUUUUUUUCUUUUCUUUUAUUAUUAUUAUUUUUUUUUUUUGACAGGGUCUUGCUCUGUCACCCAGGCUGGAGUGCAGUGGUGCAAUCAUGGCUCACCGCAGCCUCGACCUCCUGGGCUCAAGCAAUCCUCCCACUUCAGCCUCUCAAGGUUGGGACCAUAGGCAUGCACCACCAUGCCUGGCUAAUUUUUUAAAUUGUUUGUAGACAUGGGGUCUCCCUGUGGUGCCCAGGUUGGUCUCAAACUCCUAGACUCAAGGGAUUCUCCCAUCUUAGCCUCGCAAAGUGCCAAGAGCACAGGUGUGAGCUACCAUACCCAGCCAGACAUAACAUUUUUUUUUUUUUUGAGACAGAGUUUCGGUCUUGUUGCCCAAGCUGGAGUGCAAUGGUGUGAUCUUGGCACACUGCAACCUAUGCAUCCCAGGUUCAAGUGAUUCUCUUUACUCAGCCUCCCAAGUAGCUGGGAUUACAAGGCGCCCGCCACCACACAUGGCUAGUUUUUCUAUUUUUACUAGAGACAGGGUUUGACCAUGUUGGCCAGGCUUGUUUUGAACUCCUGACCUCAGGUAAUGCACCUACCUUGGCCUCCCAAAGUGCUGGGAUUACAGGUGGGAGCCGCCAUGCCCGGCCAACAUAAAUUUUUAAUAGCAUUUUCUAAUGAAAGCAAUGAGGGCUCUCUGAAGAAAUGGCCAAUACAGGGACUGGGACAGUAAAUAUAUGAGCCAGGAUAAUUAACAUACCAGAACAAAAGAAAGUACUCAAAAAAUAUGAAAUUGUGUCAAAAGGAAAAAAAGAACCAAUGGAAAGAGCUCCCAAUGGCCAAAGCAGAAACAAACUGAGCAACAAAAUACUGCAGUAUUGAAUAACCAAAGCUUAAAGUAACUGUCUAUGUGUCCACAUUUAUACAAAUAAGUACAUAAGCAAAUAAAGUUGAAUAGAAUUCUCCUUUACAAAAGAAUUCCAAAUAAUUGAUAUAGACACUCAGCCAUCAAAGAGGUGGAGCUAACAUCCCACUCCUUAAAUGGGGGCUGUGCAUAGUGACUUCCUCCAGAAGAAUACAUACAAUAUGGACAAGUAACUUCACAGUACAGAAACUGGACAAACACUAGUUCAGCCAGGUGAUCACAGUUAAUACCAAUGGUGAUAAUUCACCUUGACACCAUGAAGUGACAAGAAUAGCACUUCACCUCUGUGAUCUGCUUCCCCCCAAACCCAUAACCCCAGUCAACUUCUCAGAAAAGCACCAGGUAAAUAACAAUGGGAGACAUUCUACAAAACGCCUGACCAGUCCUCCUUAACACCGUCAAGGUCAUUGGAAGAAGGAAAGUCUGAGAAACCAUGACAGCCAAGAAGAGCCUAAGGAGUCGUGACAACGAAUGUUACAUGGGAUCCCGGGUGCGACCCUGGAGUAGGGAAAGAUAGAACUAAGUGUAAACAGUAAAGUUGAGGUUCUUCUUCAAAUGCUUUCCUCCCCAUCUAAUUAGGAAUAAAUAGUAACUUCUCUUAGAUGUAAAAAUUAUUCAAAGAUCUGUGCUAACAUUCUUAAAUAUCUGCUGGCCGUAAUAAAGAAAUCAAUGUACUGUAUGUUCUUAGCGCCCACAAUUUAGCCUAAAUAUUUGCCUGACAUGCUUAUACUGGUCCAAGCAAGCAUUAGGUUAUAGCCUCUUCCUCUUCCUUAUUUGAAGGUGUUUUUACCUUUCUCAGCAUUCCACAAGCUACUUCUUCCUUCCUUUGUUAUCCUCUGCCUUUGCCUCUUUUAAAAAUUUAUAAGUUGCUAGAAGAUCAGAACAAAUACAGAAUGUGAGGUCCCGUUCCAGCCAAUGGAAACCGGACACAGCAGUAGGGUGGACGCGUCAGGUUAUAAAUGACCCUGUCUCCUUUGUUCUGGAUACUCUCGUGGUAAAACUGCUGGCCAGUGUACCCUUUAUGCAAAAAGUAAAAAAACGGCCUUGCUGAAGAAAUUAAAUUUAUGUUCAAGUGCUAUUUCUUUACCGCACCGGGGAACAAGCAUUUCUAACAUGAGGAAAUCCAAAUAAAAUAUGGGCUUCAGUUAAUAAUAGCAUAUCAACAUUUGUUCAUUCACUGUGACAAACGACGUGAGACAUACUGAUAGAAGAUGUUAAUAAGAGAGGAAACUGGGUUGAAGCUACAUGGGAAAUCUGUGUUUUCUUUGCUAUUUCUGUAUAAAUCUAAAACAACUCUAAAAUAAAACUUAAUUUAAAAGUGUUGUAUUUUUUCAAACACCUGCUUAAUUAUUUGUACUAGUAAUUACUAGUAAUUUACCCUGUUAACUAUUCCUGUCUUUUAAUCAGAGCAUUUAUGACACAAAAAUUAAAGCAUACAGAUUAAUAUCUAAUUCCAAAUAAAUGCCUCUACAUGUUUUAUGUUAAAGUAAUAACAUAGAUGUAUAAACUUACUUCACAUAAUUUUUUCUGGUACUGUGGCUGUGUCUUGGGUUCAGUCUCUAAAAAGGUGGUCGGUUGCCUUUUAGACAACCAGGAAAAAAAUUCAUUUUAGAGACUCUAUUUCAAUUCAAUGUUGAACACUGUCAAAAGAAUGUUUAAAAAAGUUCCUUAGUAUCCAAGAUUUAAAAAAAAAAUGUUUCAAUGGCAAAUCGAUUCAUCGUGACUGGAUCACUUUCUCGAAAAUAUCCCUGUCUUUGUUUUCCAUGCAUGCUUUUUAGCAAUAAUACAACAGAAUGCAAUAUUGGCCACUGGGGGAAAAGUAUUCAAAGAUCGAAAGUGAAUAGAAUUUGUAACCAUGAUAAUUUAAUGUUUCAUUGUGAUAUUUUCUAAAACAGAAGAGUUUAAGAAUAUUCAAAGUCAGUUUCCCCAAUGAUACUUUGCAGAAAGUGAUGAAACUAGAGAAACAAAAAUGGCAGGAUAUUCUGAGUGAUUUUAGAUGUUGCUAGGAUUUAUGGGAAAAAAUAAUUUACCUGUUAGAGAAUCACAAAUAAUUAUUGGAAGCCCAAACUCUGAAAUGUUUCCAAAUUUAGUUGAACUUGUAAGUAAUUAUAAUGUCAAUAUAGCUAGUCAUGAAGUUAAUGAUAAAAGAGGACCCAUGCCUUAUUUAUGUAAUAAAAUAUACAAUGAAUGAUUAAUGCUCCUCGGAAAAUACGCUGGACUUGAACUACAAUUGAGAGUGUCAGAAUCAAAAUAUAUUCGAUUGUAUAACAGGAGUAGCCCAUCAUGAACAAAUGUAUCAUCUCAUAAAGUAUGCUCACGUUAAAUAUACUGUCAGAACAAUGGAAAAAAAGCUGUUUUGCCUUUGUUGAAAGGAAAGAAUAAUGGAGACGGUCCAGCUUAGGGAAUUAUUAGGUUGGAAACAUACAAUGCUGGCAUAAGAACGUCCUGGACAGGGAUGUAACUGUGAACAGCUCUGGCAGGUGUAGGAAAGGGUCGCAGCCAUCAUAUCCCCUCCCCAAAUGCUCAAACUAAAUCUGCACAUAGGUCCGUAUUAGGAUUUGCUACAUGUUAUUUCGUGUGGGGAGGUAUAAACGAUGCAUUUAAACUUUACGUUUCUAGUUAGAAUACGCCUAUUGCUAAAUAUUUCCAUCCUGAUUCAACUACUUCAGCGCCGUGAGACAAAUGAGCUAUUACAACACGAACGAAAGCGCUGGUGACUCCGCAGCGCCGGCCGGUCCCCGGCCACCACCCGCGCCGUCCCGAUGGCGCCGCUCGCGUCGCUCCUUUCUCGGCGCCAGGAUCUCUCCCCAGGAACGAGCGCAGAUCCGGAGGCCGCGCUGCGCCGCGCUGUCAGGACGCGCAGUUCCCGCCCCGCUGAAGGGACACCGUUUUACAACACGCCGCGUAGACCGUGACAGGGAAGGAAGGCCCACGGCAGCGCUCCCUCCUCAGCACUCGCGGCCGCGGACACGACGCCUGUUCCUCCUCCUCUCACCUGGUGACCGGGUGUCCCGAACCGCGGCCGCUCCCGGGCGGGUCCUGAAGAGACCGUGGCUCCGUCUUCCCGGUCGACGCCCCGGGGCGACGAGUGCGGAUCCGCCAGCGGUUCCCGCGCGUGCUCCAGGUUGGGCGGGAGCCGGGCGCCCCCUCGCGGCAGUCCUGGGGAAUCUCUGAAAAUCAGCGUUCGGAUGAC